GAGGCUGGCGAGCCCGACCCUCGGGAGCCGCCGCGGGGGGGCCUCUUUCUGGGGAGGCACCGGCGGGGGCAGGCUCGGCCGCCCCCAGGGCAGCGGCGGCCGCGUCCCUCCGGGGCGCGCCGGGGCCCGAGAGCCGCGCAGGGCGCGGGCCGCGCGGGGUGGGGCAGCCGGAACGCAGGCCCCCGAGCCCCGGCGGGCGCCCCCGGGCCCCCGCGCGCGCCCCGGCCUCCGGGAGACUGGCGCAUGCCACGGAGCGCCCCUCGGGCCGCCGCCGCUCCUGCCCGGGCCCCUGCUGUUGCUGCUGUCGAUUGCGCUUGCUGCCUCAACUCGGCGCCCGACUUCUUCAUGGUGUGCGGAGGUCAUGUUCGCUCCUUAGCCGGCAAACGACUUUUCUCCUCGCCUCCUCGCCCCGCAUGUUCAGGACCAAACGAUCUGCGCUCGUCCGGCGUCUCUGGAGGAGCCGUGCGCCCGGCGGAGAGGACGAGGAGGAGGGUGCAGGGGGAGGCGGCGAGCUGCGGGGAGAAGGGGCAACGGACGGACGGGCGCAUGGAGCCGGUGGCGGCAGCGGCGCGGGCAGGGCUGGUUGCUGCCUGGGUAAGGCAGUUCGAGGUGCCAAAGGUCACCAUCAUCCUCACCCCCCAGCCGCGGGCGCCGGGACGGCCGGGGGCCCCGAGGCGGAUCUGAAAGCGCUCACGCACUCGGUGCUCAAGAAACUGAAGGAGCGGCAGCUGGAGCUGCUGCUCCAGGCCGUGGAGUCCCGGGGCGGUACGCGUACCGCGUGCCUCCUGCUGCCCGGCCGCCUGGACUGCAGGCUGGGCCCGGGGGCACCCGGCGGUGCGCAAACCUCGCAGCCUCCCACGUCCUACUCGCUCCCCCUCCUGCUGUGCAAAGUGUUCAGGUGGCCGGAUCUCAGGCAUUCCUCGGAAGUCAAGAGGCUGUGUUGCUGUGAAUCUUACGGGAAGAUCAACCCCGAGCUGGUGUGCUGCAACCCCCAUCACCUUAGCCGACUCUGCGAACUAGAGUCUCCCCCGCCUCCUUACUCCAGAUACCCGAUGGAUUUUCUCAAACCAACUGCAGGCUGUCCAGAUGCUGUGCCUUCCUCCGCUGAAACAGGGGGAACGAAUUAUCUGGCCCCUGGGGGGCUUUCAGAUUCCCAACUUCUUCUGGAGCCUGGGGAUCGGUCACACUGGUGCGUGGUGGCAUACUGGGAGGAGAAGACGCGCGUGGGGAGGCUCUACUGUGUCCAGGAGCCCACCCUGGACAUCUUCUAUGAUCUACCUCAGGGGAACGGCUUCUGCCUCGGCCAGCUCCAUUCGGACAACAAAAGUCAGCUGGUGCAGAAAGUGCGGAGCAAAAUUGGCUGCGGCAUCCAGCUGACGCGGGAGGUGGAUGGCGUGUGGGUGUAUAACCGCAGCAGCUACCCCAUCUUCAUCAAGUCCGCCACACUGGACAACCCGGACUCCAGGACGCUGUUGGUACACAAGGUGUUCCCCGGCUUCUCCAUCAAAGCAUUCGACUACGAGAAGGCGUACAGCCUGCAGCGGCCCAACGACCACGAGUUCAUGCAGCAGCCGUGGACUGGCUUCACCGUGCAGAUCAGCUUCGUCAAGGGCUGGGGCCAGUGCUACACCCGCCAGUUCAUCAGCAGUUGCCCAUGCUGGCUGGAGGUCAUCUUCAACAGCCGGUAGCCUCGUGCCGGAUGGGACACGGAUGGGAUACAGAGCAUCAGCCGAGCAGGCCACCGUUCAAACUACUUUGCUGCUAAGACUUCCCUCCUGCGUGCUUGCUUUUCAUGCAGACUCUUUGGGUCGUAUUUUUUUUUUUUUUUCCUCGUCGUCCUUGUCAUUUUGUGUUCUAUUUUGUUUUGAGAAAUAGCUUAUGGGAAGAAAUGUUGGAUUUUUUUUUUUUUUCCUAAAGCGGGGUGGGGGAGCAGGUAUGGUUGACAGGGACACCCCUCGUCAGAAAAGGAGGAAGCAGUGUAUAUGGAUGGGGAGCAGUCCUCACCUCUUUUUGUCAUUUCACCUGUCGGGAGUGUAUGCGUGAGUGUGUGCAUGCAUGUGUGUGCGUGAAGGAUGGAAGGGGGCGUGGCAGAGAAAGGACAUCUUGUUCGCUCCUGAUAGAUGUCCCCACCAUAAGGUUGGUAGCCCCAGCUGUGUGUCUCUUGCCAGUAGGACAUGCCCAGUAGGGCACAGGCAGUACCUGGGCAAGCUGGUGGCUCCUGGCCACAGGAGCCUCCCCAGGUCCCUGUGUCCCCCACCCCCUGCCACCACCCCACGCUUCCCCCCUUCCGAGGACUCGGGCCUAUUCACAGGCUUCUGAGAAGCCGGCCAGUUAGGGGCUCCAUCAGACCCAGUGGCUUCCAUCCCCUGGUUACUACUCCUUCAGUCACGCCCCGCUGGGCUGCUGUCCUGUUGUCUCUGGUGCUUGGCCAUCUGCUCCUGGAACUCCCUGAGACGGGCCCAGCUCCCUCUCCCCUCAUUGCAUCAUCAUACGUUUCCUGGACAUAGAAAACCAGCUUCCACCCGCACCCCUACCACCCCUACCCUGCAGCCUGUGCAUUCAGCUCAGCUGUUAGAUCAGCGAGGGGGGCGUCACUGGGAGAGAGUCCCUCAGCAGUCUCCACCCCCACCAAGCAGGAUCUGGUCCCUCUGCACCCAAGGUACCAUCCUAGGCUGACACCUGCCUCAUCUUUCAUUUCUCCUGCAACUCAUACACUCGUAUGAUAAUUUGACACUGUUCUUAGCUCAAUGAGCAUGUUUAGAAUUUAACAUAAGCUAUUUUUCUAACUACAAAGGUUUAAAUGAACAAGAGAAGCAUUCUCAUUGGAAAUUUAGCAUUGUAGUGCUUUGAGAGAGAAAGGACUCCCGAGGGGAAAAAAAACCCCGAGAUUUAUUAAAGAAAAAAUGUAUUUUAUGUUAUAUAUAAAUAUAUUAUUACUUGUAAAUACAAAGACGUUUUAUAAGCAUCAUUAUUUAUGUAUUGUGCAAUGUGUAUAAACAAGAAAAAUAAAAGAUGCACUUUGCUUUAAUAUAAAUGCAAAUAACAAAUGCCAAAUUAAAAAAGAGAAACACGAGAUGGGUGUUUUUUUCUAUGGGUGUUAUCACCUAGCUGAAUGUUUUUCUAAAGGAGUUUAUGUUCCAUUAAACAAUUUUUAAACCGUA